AUGGGAGUGAGGAGGUUAGUGCGGGUGAUGGGAGUGAGGAGGUUAGUGCGGGUGAUGGGAGUGAGGAGGUUAGUGUGGGUGAUGGGAGUGAGGAGGUUAGUGCGGGUGAUGGGAGUGAGGAGGUUAGUGCGGGUGAUGGGGGUGAGGAGGUUAGUGCGGGUGAUGGGAGUGAGGAGGUUAGUGCGGGUGAUGGGAGUGAGGAGGUUAGUGCGGGUGAUGGGAGUGAGGAGGUUAGUGUGGGUGAUGGGGGUGAGGAGGUUAGUCUGGGUGAUGGGGUGA